CGGGUUCUGCUCUCAGCUCCCCUGGGGUCAAUCCGGAGUCACUCCUGACAGCAACCGGGGCUUCCCCCUCCCCAAGACCGACGUGAGGUGGAUGGAGCGAGGGGAAGAGCCGUGGGGCCCUGAUCUCCCCUCCCCCGAGGCUGGGGGGACCCCCGGUGAAACCCACACAGCAGCUGCCGGGGCAGCCGCACCCCCGACCCACCACCGCAAGCCGGCCGGCCGCUCCUACCAGUGCCCGGAGUGCGGGAAAUCCUUCCGGCAGAGCUCGCACCUCCUCCAGCACCAGACCACACACACGGGCGAGCGGCCCUACCGCUGCCCCGACUGCGGCCGGUUCCCCCAAAGCCCGGGCCCCCCUGGGACAGUUCAGAGCCUGGCUCUCGCCAAGGCCAGCACCUCGCUGCAAGGCUCUGGGGGACUUUUCUUCGUGAGGAGACGGCGGAGUGGGGAGCUCGGUGUGGGUCGCGCCCGGGCUCUGGGCAGGAGGCCAAUAAAUACAGGAUGA